AUGGAUAAUCCUUAUAGAGAUAUAAAGGACAUUAAACUCAUUUGUUAUCUCAUUCGAGACUUUGAAGAAAUUUUUGAAUGUUUCAAUCUCGCUGAGAAAUUUGAUAUUAAAAUUAACUCUAGUGAUUAUGUUGAUUCUCUUAAAGAUAAAAUCUAUGAAGUCAUUAAGCAGAAAAAUAAUAUUUUCUUUGAUAUUAAGGCUGAUGACUUAAUAGUCAUUAGAAGUCUAGGUACUUGUGGCUUUUUCAAGAUAGAAAUAGAAAAAAAUGAACAUAUUGUUGAUCUUAAGGAGAUCAUUAUGAAAAAAUAUUAUAAGUCCUUUUCGGAUAAUAAUUUCUAUGAGGCCAGUGCUGUUAGGAUAAUAUUAAAUGGUGAGGAGGAGCAAUAUGAAUCGGAAAAGAUUGAAAAUACGUUUGGAAACCCACCUAAAAACUAUUACAAUUUGUCAUUAAAGAGAGGCCUUGAUAGAUCAUUUAAAUUACAUGAAAUUUCUGAUUUUCAUAUAAACAACGUAAACAAUGAGAAUGCAGGUGAAAAUGGACCUGAAUAUAGAAACGAGGAUGAAGGAGAUUCCUCACCAACUGAAUUUAAAUUUGUGGGAAAUUUAAAAAAUAUUCACAAAUACAUUGAUAUGGAUGAAUCUGAUUAUAAUAAUGUAAUUGAUAGCGGGUGGAAAAUACUCACUGUGGAAAUAGAGCCUUUUAUUAUGAGUACAGAACUCGAUGAGAAUAUAAGGAAUAUUGAAUGUAUAACAAAGGAAAAAGUAGCUAGUGUUGAAGCGCAUCCAUCUGGUCGAGCACAGUCAUUCACAGCAGACGCUUGUGCAGGGGAAUCUCCCACAGAUAUACAAGCGAAUGUAAUACGCGAGAUAAGGCCAAGACCAUUACCAACACCUCUCAUGGACAAUAAAGAUGGAAUGAAGGAAUAUUUAAUUAAUUUUAUUAAGGUAUCAUUGGUGUUAAAGCCCGUAUUGCGAGCAGAUUUCGUGAAUAUGUGGACAAAAGUUAUACAAAACAAGAAUUAA